UGAAACUCCGACCGUUACAACUUUCACUAGCACUACAUAGUACACCGCACCACUUUUCACUUUUAGACUUGCCAGCGGCGCCAUGCCAGCCCAAUAUCAGUCACUCUCAACCAACGACCCCGCUGAAACAGAGGGCGAUCCACAACUGCAGUCUCAACUCAAGCAACUCGAUGCAGAUCCUCGUUUUAACCACCCCGCGCCGUCGCUCUGGAAGCGCGUUGCACUCCUUCUCGUGACAGCAUUCCUCUUCUGGGCUGCAUUCCAGUUGCAGUCCCCGAAAUCCCAACCUAAAACUAUUCAUGCUGAUAGAUACUCAAAGGAGUUCAAAUAUCGCCCAGCAGCGAGUCCUGUGAUUACGGAGCGACUCAAAGAUGGUGUAGUCCGUCUUCGCGGGGCAUAUUUCUAGUCGUAUGGGUGACGUUGUUAAGACCAGUCAUUGUAUAUCUUAGAUAUCACUAUCAUUCCCGACCUUCAUUCUUGUCGUACAUCUCCCCCUUUCUAAUACCCACAACACUCUUUAUACAGAACUGAGGAUUGUGCCACUCCUCACAUCUUCGUGGAUGGGUAUAUCCCUCAGCCUUGGAUUUGACUGUGUAGUCGAGGAUCUAGAGUUUGCUGACAGCAAAUUUUAUGACUCUAUCCACUUCUCCGUUCUAUGCUCUCUAACGCCGUCAUGCUUACCUUCAAUAGUCUGCG